UCAGCGUUAAGUCGCCAUAUUGGUUCUUGUUUUCGGAAAAUGUUAAACGACGAGUAAUUUUUUCGUUUUCUCUGCAUUUUCGUAAGAUUCAUUUUCAUAGCAGCGGUAUAGCAAAAGACAAAAGCAGAUUAAAAUAAAUUUGCCACAAUAAUAAAUGUUGUAAACAUUUUGCAUUCGAAUUUUGACGUUUUGUAACGCCAAGCCGUUAAGAUUUAUCAACAACUAUCAUAAAUCAUACAAGAAACGAGAGUGGAAGUGAGAAAAGUAAAUCAAUAAAAUUUUUAAAAUAUAAAUUUGGAUAAAUUUAUAACAAUACUCUAUGGUAGAUAUUUAUUAUAGUUUAAACUGUAUUGGAAUUAAUUAAUGUGGUAGUUGUUUUUAUUGUAAGAACUUUUGGUAGUGCUACCUCCAAUAUAUCUAUAUGGCUAUUGCAGUACAGUUUCUCGUACUUUGUAUGAGUACACCGAUUUAGUUAAGUUCUGUAAAGAAAGUGAAUAUAUGUAUAGGCACACAGUGGGGUAUGAUCGUUUCUGAUUUUAAUGUGCUUUUGGUAGAACUUUACUUUCGCUUUAUUUUGAACACUACACUACGCUAAAAUUUUUGUCCAUGCAUACAAAGUGAAUUUGUGUUGAAAUUUCUGUUCUAAUCUCGAAAGUUGCACCAUUGCUAUGGGUGAAAUCAAGUCGGUAAAAGUGGACAACUGGGGAGUCUUUUUCCUUCAGAAACUACAAAAUUUCUUCAACAAGACGGACUACUGUGAUCUUACAUUACAGUUUCGAGACAAUUCCCAAUUGAAGGUUCACCGCUUAGUUCUUAGUGCUUGCACAGAUUAUUUUAAUGUACUGGAGCAAACAUGCGAAAUGGUAGACGAUGCGCUCAUCAUGCCUAAUGAAUUACAAGCCGAUGUUGUUGUACCCAUUGUCAACUUCAUGUACACGGGGACAUUAGAAUUUGAACUAAAGAUGUACGGUAAGCUGUUACGAACAGCCAAGGAUAUGAAUAUGACAGUUUUACUUAAGUUGCUAGAAGCACAUCGUCGUACAAUGGAGGGUGUAAACCGCAUGCAACGGCCGCCUAGCCCAAAACCAUUACGUCGUCGUGUGCCUGUGGCUGGAAUUUUGCCUUCACAGCAACCCGGCGUUCAACAACGUCGUAUAUUAACAUCGCCAAAUAGUGUUUCUGGUGUUCAGCGCCGCAUUGCGACAAAAUCGGUUAGUACAAAUGCUUCGUCAUCAACUCCUGCAACUGCACAAAGUCAAUACCGCCAACAGAUAGGGUCAACUUCUCUAAUAAAAACAAAUAAUGGAAAUAACUCUAAUACAAGUCAGAGUCGAACACAAUUUGCCAAUCAAUCCAUGCAAGAAUCACAUCAAACUACUAUUAAACAAGAGCCAGAAGAGCCAUCAGUGACGUCUCCAUUUGAACAGCUACGUAAAGGUUAUAACAAUAAUAAACGACCUGCCAGCAAUACUCUGAUAUCACCGCCAACAAAAAAAUUAAAUAUUGAAGAUGUAAAAGAAUUUGCCGAACAACAGCGAAUGAGAAAACAGAUUGCUGCGGAAUACGGUGAUGAUCAAGGAGAGUAUGAAAACAGUAUGAUGGAAGAUGACAUACAUAAUGAUGACGAUGACGACGAUUUAGCGACUUCAUCUGCCACAGCUACAUCAGCUGCCAUGCAACCAUCCACAUCGCGUCAAACGCAAUUGAAACAUGGUGCCACCACCAUCACCAUUAACCAAAAUGAAAAGCCGCCUACUAUUGUGGUCAAGGAUAGCUCCAAUUCCAAAAUGAAUCAUGCUAAAAUAAUCAAAGAAGUACUGCGUCAGUAUCCGCAUUUAGUAAAGAGUAAUAAAAAUAUAAAGUUGAAGAUAAUGCCUAGCUCUGGUGACCAACCACAAAAGAUUAUUGUAAAGAAAGAGCAAUUGGAAAGCAUUACUAGUAAUGCACAAAGUCAGUCUUCGUCACCAUCGCAAUCAGUGCUGCGAGGACAAGCUUCAUCACAAACUUUAUUGAAACCAAUGGAGAAGUCUCAAAAUAAUGUGAAUCAAACAGUCUCGCAGCAGCCAGCACUACCGAAAGUAUCACCACCAACCACAUCAGCAAAACCUAUCAAUGUGAGUGUUGGCAACGUCGCAAUGUCAUCCGCAGCUCCCGCACAAAAACGCCGGAUAGAUAGUAAAACGAUGCAUGCAUUAAUUGCAUUAGGCGCAGAAAACACCACUGGUCCUUGGUUGUGUCUACGUUGUGGAGUUAAUGGUCGUCCAAUAAGUAUUCCAUCAUAUCGCGGUUUUCGUCGCCAUUUGAUCAACACACACAAAGAACAAAUCGAUCCAGCUCUAUGUGAGCAUUGUGGCUGUCGUUCAAGCACUAAACGUGAACUACAUUUUCACAUGGAAGUUGAGCAUAAGGUAAAGACUACUUCGUACACUUUCCCGCAAUGCUUGUUGUGUUCUAACGCAUUUUUAGACACAAACGCACUAAAUAAACAUAUGGUUGAAGCACAUCCAGAUGAAAAUAAACAGCAAUGCAUUUAUUGUAAUAAAAUAUUUGCACGUGAGCUACAAUUAUAUAACCACAUGAAAACCUACCACAAAAAGCAGGCUUUAGAAGACGGCAUUAUAGAUUAUUCAGAUGAAGAAUUUUCGGAAUCACAAGACGCCGGUGAAGUUAUAAGAGCACCAGACAUUACAUCAAAAGAAAAGAAGGAGUCAAAGAUUAAAAUAAUCUCCGAUAUUAGUUUACCCAGCGCCGGAACAAUUAUCAAUAUGGAGAGCAGUAACAUGUCUUCUGGCAUAAAUGCACAAGUUGGAAUUAUAGGUGAGCAGCAAGAAUUUAUGGAAACAAAUGAAAGCUCAGUUAUAGCUUCCGAACCGAAAUUCGUUACUGUUGAUGGCAACGAAAUGGUCUUGACAGAUGAACAACGUCAGGAGAUAAUGGCUCAAUUGAACCAAGAUCAUGGUACUGGUGGGGUCGUUAUGGUAUUGAAUGAACCAACUGAGUAUGCUGCGGAAACAACCGCCAUAAGUGAUCAUCUCCCCAAUUUGGAAAGCGGCAGUGGUGAAAAGGAACAGGUAACACAGGAACCGAACCUCGAAGUUGAACCAGAGCAUGAAGAUGAAGCAAUGGAUGAAGGAAUUGGAAAUGCAGCAGCUGAAAAUUCAACUGCAGUUGAAGAAUUCGACGACAGUCUAAUUUAUAGAGAACUCACUGAUACACAGAACACGCAUGAUGAGGAAGCAGAAGGAACUUCAGACGUAAUCAGUGCCACAGCAAGUAAUGACGAUAAAAGAAACACUUCCGGCGGGGGUGCAUUAGACGAGAGCAAGGAAUCAAUAGAGAACUUAGAAUGGGCUGAAAACUUGAUCAGUGCCCACGAGAUGGCUGACCAAGAAAUAGAAGCUAAGAAACAUGUAAAGGAAAAUAAAGAUGCUGACGCAAUAAACCAAAAGCUAAAAGAAUUGACUGGCGACUGGUCAGAGGACGAAAACGAUGAAGAGCAAGAAGUUGCUGCAGCUACUCCAAACUCAGAAGUAGACGCAACAGAAGAAUCUUCAGCUGUUGUUGAAAAUAUAUUGGAAGAAAAAAAUAAUCCCAUUGAAUCAAAGCAAAAGCAAACUAUGGAAGAAAAUGUUGAAGUUGCUGCAAAUGUGGACAAUAAAUCCAUGGAACAAGAUACAGCCGACACAGAAAGUGAUAUCGCAGGUACACGUGAAGACAAUGCAAUUAUUCAAGAUGAUAAUCCCACAUACACAAAUGUGAACGUAGACGAUGCCAAGGGAGAUGAAGAUGAUUUAGAUAUGCUAAUGAAAAAUUUACAUAAGGAGGACACAGAUGCAACUGAAAUAGAAGGCGAGGAAAAAGAGAACGAAGACCAAAAAAUGGAUGAAAGGCCUGUUGAGGAUCUUGAAGUAGCAACACAAAAUGAAGAUAUUGCGGCUUCUUCGAAAGACGCGACAGCGAUCGAAUCUGGCAACAUAUCACAAGAAGAAAGUAAAACAGAUAACACUAUUAUUGCUGGUGUCGCCAGUGACGGUUCUCUUCAGCUUGAUAUGCUGGAAGAACUUAAUAUAAAAGAAGAAUUCAUUUCAGAAAGCUCUUCAGCAGAAGCUAAAGUAGCAAAAGCAUCGAGCGUGGACCCUUCAGAACCUUCUACAACAGAGGUAAAAUCAACUGAAUCAAUUGGAACCACUGAAGUAAACGAAGAUACUGAUGCAGAUGGAGUUACUGAGGAGAUGCCUGAUAACAGAGUUGAACGUGAUAAAGAUAAUAGUAAAACUGUAGAAGAAACCAUAAAAGAUGUUCUUCCAGAAACCAGUGAAGCUAACAAAGAUAAUGUUGAAUCAAUAAAAACGUCAGAACGCCUAAGCAGUCUUAUUAGCGAAUGGGGUGAAGAUGAGGAGGAAGACGAGCAAACAGCAGCUCCUCCCGCAGCUCCGAUCACAACAGAGGAAGAGGGAACACUAUGAGAUCUAGAGUUAAUUGCAAUGUAAGUUUUUAAUCGGAAUAAGAAUGAUGAAAUAUGCAUAUGUACUUUUAGAUAAACAUGCGUUGGCGCAAUACAAUACGCAUAUAUAAAUAUUUACAUAAUAAUUAAGCUGUUACAUUAUUUUAUAACCACUAAAUAUGAAAUAAAAUCCGUGCUAACGUUGCUCUAUAAAUUAAUUGAAUAUAACUUUAUCCAAGAUUUACUUCUGCCAUAAUUCGAGUUUGGCAAAUGCAUUCUUUUGUUUAAAUUUGUUUAAUUGAUUUAUUUGAGAGCAGAAUGAAGAAGAUUCAAUCUUCAAUAAUUAAUAUUACAAAUAUUCUAUAACUAUUGUUUGUUUUAUAAAUAUUUAAUUUGCAUCAAAUGUAUGGAAAUUUAAAAAAAAUCCGCAAAUGGAUUAAUCUAUUCUAAUGUCUUGUUUUUUCAUCAAAAAUCAAAAAUAAAAAUCAUGUAACUUAGAGUAUUGUAUAUAAAUUUAUGAAUCACAAUAAUAUAUUGCAAUUAACAAAUUUAAUUAUAAGUACAUACCUAGCCAUUCUUAAAAAUGAUAUAAACAAUAAUAACAAAAAAUAAUUUUUGUUUAUUCAUCACGUCCUUGCGUAUAAAUACACAAGAAAUUAAUAAUAAGGAUUUUAGCUCAGUUUGCCCGAGAUUAAUUUUUAGAAUUAUUUACUAACAUAGUCUAUGAAUAUUUUAAUUUAAUUGACGGUUUUAGAUAGUUUUGGUAAUAGAGUGAAUUUCCUUUUCAUUUCCAUUUACAUAAAUAAAAUAACCACAUAUCCACAAUCAAAACGGAAAUUGUAUACACGAUUAAAUGUAGCACGAUGUAUUAACUUAUUUUCAUAAUUCUAUUAAAAGCUCGAAGUGUGGUGAAUCAGUUGUCAAUAUAACGUGAAAAUAGCUGUUAAAAAGUCAGUUCUAAAAGAAUAUUUGUUGCAAGAAUUAAAAAAUAAAUAGUGAGUGAAACACCAGUUUAUAAGUUUA